AUGAAAGGACUCUCACUUCUCGCCUUCGCCUCUCUGGCGCAGGCGUCCAUUGACUCCUUUGCAGCAAUUGGCAAACCAGAUAGCCAGAAUGUCCUACAGGACCAUCAUGUGUCCCACCACUCUUCCAGCAGUCGUCCCAACAUCGUCUUCAUCCUCGUCGAUGACCAGGACUUGCAAAUGGACUCCCUCCACUAUACUCCACGCAUCAACCACUACCUCGCCAGCCAGGGCGCCUUCUACCGCAACCACUUUGUCACUACUGCUUUGUGCUGUCCUUCACGAGUGAGUCUCUGGACAGGCAAGCAAGCUCACAACACCAACGUGACCGAGAUCUAUCCCCCAUACGGAGGAUACCCCAAAUUCGUCGCCGAAGGCCAUAACGAGAACUGGCUUCCCCUCUGGCUUCAAGCAGCCGGCUACUCCACCUACUACACAGGGAAACUCUUCAACGCCCACACCGUGGACAACUACAAUGCCCCCUUCGUCACGGGCUUCAACGCCUCCGACUUCCUCCUCGAUCCGUACACUUACCAGUACCUUCGUCCUCACUACCAACGGAACCAGGACCCUCCAACUAGCUACGAGGGCCAACAUACCGUCGAGGUGCUCACUAAAAAGGCCCUCGGGUUCCUCGACGACGCCAUCGCCGGCGACGAACCAUUCUUCCUCACUGUCGCCCCAGUGGCACCGCACUCUAACUUGAACAUGACAGACGAAACAGACACCACGACAUUCCGCUUCUCUCCUCCCAUUCCACUAGAUAAACAUAAACAUUUGUUUCAGGAUGCUCAGAUCCCUCGAACCCCCAACUUCAACCCUGACCAUCCUAGUGGAGUCAGCUGGGUGCGGUCCCUCCCGCAACUUCGUUCGUUGCAGGGUGUGGAUGAACUUGUUGAGGAGAUUGUGCUUCGUCUGGACGAUGCGGGUAUCCUGGAUAAUACGUAUAUCUUCUAUACCUCGGAUAAUGGGUACCAUAUUGGCCAGCAUCGUUUACACCCUGGUAAGGAGUGUGGGUUCGAUGAGGAUAUUCGUGUACCGAUGUUUGUAAGGGGACCGGGAGUGCCAAGGGGCGUGGAGGUGAGUGCGGUGACGACACAUAUUGAUUUGGCGCCGACGAUUUUGGAUAUUGUGGGUGGUGAAGCAGAGGGUGAGCUGGAUGGGGUGGCGAUUCCGUUGACAACAAAGGAUAUCCAUGCUGCGGAUAUGGAUGGGGGCAGACAUGAACAUGUUAAUGUCGAGUAUUGGGGGUGGGCUGGGUUUGAGGGUGCUUUUGGACGGGAUGAGAACGGUGGCCCUGCCACCUUUAUCAAUAACACCUACAAGGCCCUGAGGCUGAUUAGCUCCGAUUUCAACCUAUACUACUCUGUCUGGUGUAGUGGCGAGCACGAACUAUAUGAUCUCACGACGGACCCCUACCAACUGCACAACCUCUACCCAAACCUUGCAGCAUCCAAAAUAGGAUCCUACUCCGCCGUCAAAAUCUCCACCCGUCUUGAUGCCCUGCUUAUGGUGCUCAAGUCGUGCAAAGGAGAUACCUGCAUCCAGCCGUGGCGGACGCUGCAUCCUUAUGGGGAUGUGCAUAGCUUGCUUGAUGCGCUGGACGACACGUUCGAUGCGUUCUAUGUCCGUCAGGUACGGGUGCAGUUUGGCUGGUGUGAGCAUGGAUAUUUGCUCGAGGCCGAAGGGCCGCAGGUACCGCUGGCGUAUCGGCAUACGAGGUGGAGUGAUUGGGUUUGA